UUUUUUUUUCUGAAAAAUCAUGAAAGCUCGAAGUUGUUUGUAUUUGACAUUUAUUUUUUGCUUUAUCUCUGCAUCUCGUUCUAAAAAGGGAAAGAUAGUUAGUGGCCAAAUCGUCGACGAUAAAACUUUUGAAAAAGAGUUCGAGUAUCAGGUCUCGGUUCAAAAUCGAGGAGUCCAUUACUGCGGUGGUGGAAUUAUAGGAGAAUACUAUGUACUUACAGCAGCUCACUGCGUCAUGUACAAACCCGGCCAGCCUAGAAAAGGCGUCUGGAACAUCGUCGCGGGUACCAAUAAUAUCAAGAAUACGUUGCCCUCUGCGAUGUUUGCGAAAGUUACUCAAAUAAUUGUUCCGAAGGAAUUCUUUUUCGAGCCUGAUGCUCUGGGCGAUCAAGAGCCAAAAAAUGAUCUAGCUAUACUUAAGCUCGCAUCAUCUUUAAAUAUUGGAGGUAAUCCGAAUUUCGUCCAGCUGAAAUUACCGGAAGGUCCAAACGUAUCAUACAUUGGUAGGAAAGCGGUUUUUGCUGGCUUUGGAUGGGACGAGUCUCCCGUAGAUUUCGAUCGAGAACGCAAUGUUAUGACAAGAAAAACAUUGGUGAACGUUGAUAAUCUAAAAAAAAUCGAUGUAAGAAUCCUGCAACCAUCAUCGUGCAGGGACGCAAUUGCACUCUUGUUCAAUGAUGUCAAUAAAAACGAUGACACGAUUCUGUGUGGCAGAGCUGAUCAAAUUUUGUCAAAUCAAGGAGGAGCUUGUCGAGGGGAUAGUGGAGGUCCUUUGGUCGUCGAUGGAAAUACUGUUAUCGGCAUAUUGAGCACUACACCUGAGUCUUGCAAUGAAAGUACUGAGCCAUCAAUUUAUACCAAAGUUUCAUCUUUUCUGCAUUUUAUUCGAUCCUCCAUAGGCUUAGAAAGAUUGACACGUGUUCAACCUACUUGCACUCCUACCAAAGGUAGCCAAACGCCAUUCUGUGCUAUUCUGUAAAUUUGAAUUUGAUUUUGGUGAAAUAUUUUAAGAAAAAGUUUUAAAAUU